UCGUCUUUCAGUUGCGAGUCGUCACCGAACCAGUUAAUGAGCUCGUUAAGUUCUUUAUAAUAAAAUACAUUGUAAAUACAAAUAGUUUCUAUACAGUGAAAAUUAAUAACAAAAUUAAUUAUAAAUAUCUAUCAUAAUUGAAAAAUCUCAUAAUUGAUGAGAUAAUAUUUCGACAACCAACUUCAGCAACAUUGUUUCUUUUCUUCGUAUUGACGGAAUUAGAAGAUAAUCCUGGGAACGAUGUCUACGGCGAAAUCAACCAAGAAGAGUUACAAAGCACCUGAACCUGGCGAAGAAAUCGUUAUCUCUGGUAUUGCCGGUAGAUUUCCAGAAUCCAAAAAUGUGGAAGAGCUCAAAAACAAUUUACUAAAUAAGGUAGACAUGAUCACGGAUGAUGAUCGCCGGUGGAAAUUAGAUCAUCCAGAUAUCCCUCAGCGUACAGGAAAGAUUAACGAUGUUGGCAAAUUUGACGCCCUGUUCUUCGGGGUCCACUUCAAACAGGCCCACACGAUGGAUCCGAUGUGCAGAAUGUUACUGGAGCAUGCUUACGAAGCCGUCGUUGACGCGGGAAUUAAUCCAAAGCAAUUGCGUGGGUCGCGAACCGGUGUUUUUGUGGGGGCGUGUUUCUCAGAAUCUGAAAAGACCUGGUUUUACGAAAAAUUACAGGUAAAUGGCUUUGGAAUUACCGGGUGCAGCAGAGCUAUGCUGGCUAAUAGGAUUUCCUACUGGCUAGGAGUGACUGGACCAUCUUACACUCUGGAUUCCGCCUGUAGCUCGAGCUUGGUCGCGUUGGAGCACGCUUAUCGGUGCUUGCAAGACGGCCAAUGCGACUCCGCUAUCGUGGGCGGAUCGAAUCUGUGCCUUCAUCCCUACGUAUCAUUGCAAUUUGCUCGUCUCGGGGUUUUGUCGCCUGAUGGUCGCAGCAAAGCGUUCGAUGCCGACGCGGAUGGCUAUGCUCGCAGUGAGACGAUUUCCGUCAUAUAUCUGCAGAAGGCGAAGAACGCGAAACGGAUCUACGCCACGGUGGUCUACGGCAAAACAAAUUGCGACGGUUACAAGGAGCAGGGCAUCACGUUCCCGUCGAGUUUGAUGCAGGGCAACUUGCUGAAAGAGUGCUACGAGGAUUGCGGCUUAUCGCCGAACAAUCUGUCCUAUCUAGAAUGUCACGGUACCGGCACUAAAGUCGGCGAUCCCGAGGAGCUCAACGCGAUUGAAAAAGUCAUCUGCAAAGAGAGAACUGCGCCUUUGUUGAUCGGUUCUGUUAAGUCGAAUAUGGGUCAUCCCGAGCCCGCUAGCGGUCUGUGUCAAGUUAUCAAGGUAAUAAUAGCAAUGGAAACCGGAAUAAUUCCACCUAAUUUACAUUACAACCGACCGCGAGAAGGUUUGAAAGCUCUCGAAGAUGGCAGGCUCAAGGUCGUCACCGAGCAGACACCAUGGGAUGGUGGUUACGUGGGUAUUAAUUCCUUCGGUUUCGGAGGUGCCAAUUGCCACGUCGUAUUGAAAUCUUAUUCGAAAAAGAAGAUCAACAAUGGAGCACCAUCUGAUGAUUUACCGAGACUCGUAACAGUAUCUGGACGUACGGAGGACUCUAUUAAAGUAUUCUUAAGCGAUAUCGAGAGACAUCCGGUAGAUAUUGAAUAUAUCCGCCUGCUGCACGACAUUCACUCUGAGGAUAUCCAAGGGCAUCUGUAUCGAGGUUACACAAUAGUCGGCUCGAAAAAGACGGAGCAUAUCCCAAAGGAAACGGAAAAUUAUUUGGGAACUACGAGACCAAUUUGGUUCGUAUUUUCCGGUAUGGGAUCGCAGUGGCCUGGCAUGGGUAUCGAUCUGUUGAGAUUCCCCGUCUUUGCCGAAGCUGUUAGAAAAUGCGACGCCGUCUUACGACCGCGCGGCGUAGAUAUUAUUGAUAUACUGACAAAUAAAGACAAAUCUACUUUUGACAAUAUUUUGAAUUCGUUUGUGGGUAUCGCGGCAGUACAGAUUGGUCUGGUCGAUCUCCUCACAUCGGUGGGCAUCGUACCGGAUAAUAUUAUUGGUCACUCCGUCGGAGAGCUCGGUUGCGCUUACGCAGACGGAUGCUUCACCGCCGAACAAAUGAUCUUAUCAGCGUACUCGAGAGGUUUAGCGUCCAUCGAAACUAAAGUAAUUUUCGGUUCGAUGGCGGCUGUUGGUCUUGGCUACGAGGACAUCAAAGAUAUGUGCCCACCCGACAUCGAAGUGGCUUGUCAUAAUGCUGCUGACAGUAGCACCAUUAGUGGACCCGCUGAAUCAAUGAAAGAAUUUGUCGCCCAAUUGCAGGCUAAGCAAAUCUUCGCGAAGGAAGUGCCAUGCAGCAACAUACCCUAUCACAGUCGUUACAUCGCGCCCGCCGGGCCAAAACUUCUGGGUUAUCUGAGCGAGGUAAUUCCUCAACCGAAGCCACGCAGCCGGAAAUGGGUGAGCUCGUCUGUACCGCGCAACAAUUGGUCCACCCCGUCUGCCAAGUUUUCGUCCGCCGAAUACCACACCAACAAUCUUCUGAGUCCCGUACUAUUCGAGGAAACGUCGCGUAUGAUCCCGAAGGAUGCCGUGACCAUUGAAAUCGCACCCCACGGUCUACUGCAAGCUAUCCUGAGACGAUCCCUCGGCCCGGGAGUCACGAAUAUCGCGCUCACCCAGCGCGGUCACAGGGACAACGUUGAAGUUUUCUUGCAAGCGAUCGGCAAGCUCUACAAUACAGGAUUACAACCGGAUAUUGCGAGUCUCUAUCCGCCCAUCGAGUAUCCAGUUAGCUGCGGUACCCCAAUGAUCUCACCUUCUGUUAGAUGGGAACACACUGACGACUGGUACGUAACGUCGUAUAAGACGCAAAAGAAGAUCACUUCCGGAGAGAGAGUCGUUUCUUUGUCGGUAGCUGACGAGACUUAUGAAUUAAUGUCCGGUCAUGUUAUCGAUGGGAAGAAUUUAAUACCCGCCAUGGGAUACCUUGCUAUGGUUUGGGAAAGUAUUGGUAUGUUGCAUGGGCAAAUGCACACAGAGCUAUCGGUCGUCUUCGAAGAUGUCAGCUUCAUCCGUGCUACCCAUCUACCGAAAGAAGGCGAAAUUAACUUAACAGUGAUGGUUCAAAGAGGUACUGGAAGAUUCGAGAUAACGGAAAAUGGUGCUGCAGUUGUGACUGGAUUUAUUCGAGUCGUGAAGAACCCUGCGCAAGAAAAGGUACCUGCUGCGCUUUUGCCAGAAGAUGACGACGAGGAAGAAGUAUUGAAUACUAAGGAUAUUUAUAAAGAGCUAAGAUUGCGGGGAUAUCAAUAUUCAGGCAUUUUCCGUUCCUUAAAAAGCGCAUCUAUGUCAGGGAAGAAGGGACACAUUGGUUGGAUGGGUAAUUGGGUAACGUUCCUCGACAACAUGCUACAGAUGAUGAUUCUUGGAAUGAAAACGAAAAAUUUAUACGUACCUACCAGAAUACAAAAAAUCGUGAUUGACACCAAACUUCACCAGCAGGAAGUCCGAAAUCAAGAUUCAGUAGACAAACAAUUCCCCGUACACGUGUACGAAGAAUGGGAAACCAUAUUAUCAGGGGGAGUCGAAAUCCGUGGUGUCAAGGCUACGGCUAUACCUCGCCGACUGCCAGCUAGCGACCCAAUCCUCGAAGAAUAUAAAUUCGUGGCUCAUCGCGAUAGAGCGCAAACAUCCCUGAAGGAGGCGAUCAGAUUGUCUACGCAGAUCGUGCUCGAAUAUCAUCAAGCUAUUCAUGUGAAGACCAUCGAGUUGAUCGACGACUCCGACAAUGUGACAGCGGAUAAAUUAGUAUCACCGAUGCUUACUGAGAUUCUGAAUGACUUGCCUUUAAUUCAACCGAAGGUAUAUCUGUCAGCACCAUCUAAUCGUUUCGACGACAAAUCAUUACUCUCGAAUGUGAUCUCCAUGGACAUUAACAAUGUGUCUAAAGAAGAGAAUAUUAUGCUUGCCAUCGGUAUCGGGCUACUAUCAAGAGAUAAGAAAACACAAUUGGAGCAGGUCCUACUGAAACUGAAAAACGGCGGUUUUGUAUUGACACGAGAAAGAUCGUUCAAAGCCGAAAAUCUUUCGACAUCUUCGAAGCACGACUUACAAUUAGACGUGAUUCUAGAGAAGACUAUUGGAGAAGAGACUAUUGUACUUUUAAAGAAGAAGAAGAAACAGCUGAUCAAAAAAACGGAAAUCAUUCAUGUUAACAACGAUGAGUUCACUUGGCUCGAAAAAUUGAAUUCGUUAAUGAAUGCGGAAAAUGAGACCGCCAACAUGAGGAUAAUACUCGUCAGCGAGGGAGACUUGGAAAGUGGCUUGCUAGGCUUCGUGAAUUGUUUGAGAAAGGAACCAGGCGGAGAAAUAAUCAGAAGCAUAUUGAUACAAGAUACCAAAGCUCCUAAGUUUUCCCUACAAAAUCCAUUAUACUUGGAACAGCUUCAGCUGGAUUUGCCGAUCAACGUAUUGAGAACGGGAAAAUUAUGGGGUUCCUACAGACAUCAACCGCUACCGAGUCUACAGCCGAAGCUUGUCCGUCAUGCGUAUGUCGAUCAAAUGAUACCUGGUGACUUAAGCUCGCUUCGUUGGAUCCAGGGCUCUAUACAGCCUGAUAUUAAUCAAAAGGAUCUAGUCUAUGUAGUGUAUUCGCCUCUCAACUUUAGAGAUAUCAUGAUGAGCACAGGAAAACUCGCUAUGACUAAUAACACAUUGCGUACGCAACGAUUCGACGAAAGCACAGUUGGCUUCGAGUAUGCUGGUAUCGAUACCGCUGGUCGUCGCGUGAUGGGACUUUUCUUCCAAAAAUGUAUAACGAAUGUCGUCAAACCCGAUAGAAAAUUGUGCUGGUACGUGCCUGACAACUGGUCAUUGGAAGACGCGGCCACCGUGCCAUGCGUGUACGCAACAUGCUAUAUCGCGCUGUAUCAGCGUGGCGAUAUGAAGAAGGGCGACAAAGUGCUCAUUCAUUCUGGCACUGGUGGCGUCGGUCAGGCGGCGAUACAUCUUGCCCUUAAUGAAGGCUGCGAAGUGUUCACCACUGUGGGAACGCCUGAAAAACGCAAGUUCAUUCGCGAGAUGUUUCCGUCGAUCCCAGAUGAUCAUAUUGGCAAUUCGCGCAACACCAGCUUCGAGCAAAUGAUACUUCAGCAGACGAAUGGCGACGGAGUAGACAUCGUUUUAAACUCGUUGGCCGAGGAGAAGCUCCAGGCGUCGGUUCGCUGUCUGGCGCAGGGCGGUCGUUUCCUGGAGAUCGGCAAGUUUGAUCUUGCUGCAAAUAAUCCUUUGGGAAUGAUGAUCUUCUUGAAGGAAGUCAGUUUCCACGGAAUUCUACUCGACAAUCUGCUUUUUUCUACAACAGACGAAGAAAAGACAAGCCUGCAUGAUAUGCUAAACGAGGGCCUGAAAAAUGGAGCUAUUAAACCGCUCGUUAGAAAAGUCUUUAAAAAAGAUGAAUUGGAAACGGCCUUCAGAUAUAUGGCGGCUGGAAAACAUAUAGGCAAGGUGCUUCUGAAAAUUUGCGAUGAGAAGAAGGCCCUUGAAAACAAACCUAUUGUCGCUGAUCCUCGAUACUACUGCGACAGUAAUAAAACUUACCUCAUCCUGGGUGGACUAGGUGGUUUCGGAUUGGAACUGGCCGACUGGCUGGUACGCCGAGGCGCUAAAAAUUUGGUGUUGACAUCCAGAACGGGAAUAAAGAACGGUUAUCAGCGCUUGAAGGUCGAGCUAUGGAAAUCUUACGGCGUGAACGUGCUUAUCAUCACGGGGGCGGACGCUUCAAGUCGCAAGGAUUGCGAAUUUAUACUGAAUUCCGCGGAGAAACAGGCCCCGGUGGACGCGAUCUUCAAUCUCGCCGUGGUGCUGAAGGACGGCAUUUGCGCGAAUCAAACGCCGGAGUUAUUCGAGGAGAGUUUUAGGGCGAAAGCUUGGGCUACGAAGAUGCUGGACGAGCUAUCCAGAAGUUUGUGCAAGCAACUUCGGCAGUUCGUAGUUUUCUCCUCGGUUUCUUGCGGCAGAGGGAACGCUGGACAGACGAAUUACGGCAUGGCUAACUCCGUGAUGGAGAGAAUUUGCGAGCGCAGAGCGGCGAACGGUCUACCGGGGCUGGCUAUUCAAUGGGGCGCGAUAGGUGAAGUUGGCCUCGUCGCCGAGUGGCAGGAUAACAAUAAAGAGCUCGUCAUUGGCGGUACUUUGCAGCAAAAGGUAUCGUCCUGCCUUGAGAAGUUGGAGAACUUCUUGUUGCAGGAUCGCCCGGUGGUGUCUAGCAUGGUGGUAGCGGAGAAGCGUGUAGGUGCUUAUGGAGCCGCCGACAUUGUGGAGGCCGUGGCGAAUAUAAUGGGCCUGAAAGAUUUGAAGAUUGUGGCUCAGAACACGUCGUUGGCCGAACUCGGCAUGGACUCGAUGAUGGCCGUGGAGAUUAAGCAAACACUGGAACGUGAGUACGAUAUCUUCCUCACCGCGCAGGACAUCCGCAAUCUGAAUUUUGCCAAACUGAUGGAGAUGCGCGAUAAGGAGUUGGAACGAGAGAAAGCACAGACUCAACAGGACGAUGAACAGAAAGUCGAGAUAUCUGGCAUUCAACUGUUGAUAUCUUUGGGUAACGAAGCGUUGUCUACCGAGACCCAUAUGGAUUUACAAACAUGGAUGAAUCCGCGCAAGAUCAAAGUGUUCCUCUUGCCGGGUAUACAGGGUUGCGGACAGAUAUUUAAUCCACUGGCGUCGAAGAUCAAACCUAUCGCAACAGCCCUGCAAUAUGGAUUGACACAAACUGGGCGUAACUUUACGUCUAUACCGGAAUACGCCGAUAUGCUUUUAUCAUAUAUCUUGCCAAAGGCGGAAGAGCAAAGAGGUUUCGCUAUAAUCGGAUAUUCGUUCGGCUCGUUAAUUGCCCUCGAAUUAGUGAAACGAUUGGAAAAACGAGGUUUGAGUGGUCGAUUGGUGCUGAUUGACGGUGCUCCUGACAUGCUGAAAAUGACUUUAGAGCAAUAUCUUCCAUCCGCUACAGAGGAAGAACUUCAAAAUAAUAUCUUGCUUACUAUCAUGGAUAACAUGCAAUCAACUUUAAGCGGAAAGCUACUUUUGGAUGUCGAGAAAUGUAAGACCUGGGAAGAGAAGUUAGAUAUUUUCCUUUCGUACCUUCCUGAUAAAACUUCGAUCGAAACUAAAAAGACUUUAUGCACAACUAUUUACACGCACCUUCUCGCUCUUCGAAAUUACGACUCGUCAUCCUUGGAACGAAUACGAUCGCCUAUAACACUCUUGAGACCCACAACACAUCUUGUCGACAUGAAUGAAGAAGAUUAUGGCUUACACAAGAUCACGCGAGACAAGGUGGACGUGCAUUACAUUGAAGGCAACCAUGUUACGAUAUUGGACAGCGAUAAGGUCAUAGCGGCGAUUAACGGAGAACCGUUGCGGGAUCCUAAAGCAUUUAGGAAACUUUUAGCGGAAGACCGGCCGUUCGAAUGUGAAGACCAAGAACGUUCAAGAGUCUAAAUUACAUAUUAAAGGCCUGUAAUAAAUAUAUAUAUACUGAAUAAUAUAUAAAUAAAUAAAAAUAUAUAAAAUAA